GUCAAGAUAUCUAAUCACUUUACAAAAGUUCCUGCAGAGAGACUGUGAGCUUCACUCUUCUCCCAUGACUGAGAUUUCAUCUGAUUUCAAGCCGCUUUCUCACAUCUCCAUUAACAAAACCAAUCAAAACCCAUCUCGAUUCACCCUUCAAUCUCACCAAUUCAACAAUCUUUCUUCUUAAUCCCUAAGAAAAAUCCCACCUUUCGAUGAAUCUCGCCACUUCCACUUUCUGGGUUCUUUCCUUCUUCACCUUAUGGAAUCUCUCCUCCUCGAAGCCGAUGUACUGCUUCGACACUUCUCGUCUCUGCACUUCCUUCCUCGCUUUCAAACCCAACAAAAACCAAACCUUUUCCAUAAUCCAAAGCAUGUUCGACGCAUUAGCCUCCGACAUAACCGCCGAUGUAACCUCCGGCGACAUCUACGUUCGGAAGAACUGUUCUUGUCUCACCACGACUCCUCAUCAGUACGCAACGAACACGACAUUCACAAUCAGACAGAACCGGAGCUCCGUCUCCGAUGCUGUCGUCUCUGAUUACUCUGGUCUCGCGUUUCCACUCAACAGCACUAGAGAGGCUCGUCCCGGGGCGGUUGUGUCUGUGCAGCUUCUCUGUGGUUGCUCGAGUGGUCUCUGGAACUACCUUAUGAGCUACGUGAUGGUGAAUGGAGACAGUGUUCGGUCUCUCUCGAGCCGGUUUGGUGUUAGUAUGGAUCGAAUCGAGGGAGUUAAUGGAAUCUCGAGUCCUGAUAAUUUCACAACCGGAGAUCUUAUUUACAUCCCGCUUGAUUCCGUACCUGGAGUGCCUUAUGAAGCAAAGAAGACAACCCCUCCUGCUCCUUCUCCCACGUUUACCAACAUCAACAUCUCAGCUGCUGACCAGGUGAAUCACACAUCAAAGGGUGGUGGUCAUGUGCCUUAUAUAUGGAUUGUUGGUGGUCUUACAGUUGUGCUUGCGCUUCUCGUCAUAUGUAUACUUGUAUGCAUCUGUUUGAGAUCAUCUAGUUGCAGCUCCAAUGAUGAAGAUAGUGGUGGUGGACACAGCUUCCAAAUCCUUAGGAAGUCCGGUUUCUUUUGCGGUUCUGCUCGGUAUAACUGCUGCAGGUCCGGGGAUUUCAGACAAACCAACGGUGAAACAACUCAGAGCCAUCAUCAAGUUGUUGCUAUUCCUAAAGGUAUUGUUGAUGGAGUGUUUGAGAUAGAGAAGCCUACUGUGUUCACUUAUGAAGAGAUCCGCGUGGCUACUGAUGGGUUUGCUGAUUCUAAUCUUCUUGGUCAUGGGAACUGUGGUUCAGUAUACUUUGGUCUACUUAGAGAACAGGAAGUUGCUGUGAAAAGGAUGACAGCUACAAAAACUAAAGAGUUUGCAUCAGAGAUGAAAGUUCUUUGCAAAGUUCAUCAUUCAAAUCUGGUAGAGUUGAUUGGCUAUGCUGCAACCAGUGAUGAGCUCUUCGUAGUGUAUGAAUAUGUGCAAAAGGGAAUGCUGAAAAACCAUUUGCAUGAUCCUCAGAGCAAAGGCAAUACACCACUGUCUUGGAUAAUGAGGAAUCAGAUUGCGCUUGACGCAGCAAGGGGCUUGGAGUAUAUCCAUGAACAUACUAAAACUCAUUAUGUUCAUAGAGAUAUCAAGACGAGCAAUAUCUUGCUGGAUGAGGCAUUCAGGGCUAAGAUAUCUGAUUUUCGACUAGCGAAACUAGUUGAGAAAACUGGAGAGGGUGAAGUUUCUGUGACUAAAGUUGUUGGUACAUAUGGUUAUCUUGCGCCAGAAUAUCUAAGUGAUGGUCUUGCCACCUCGAAAAGCGAUGUUUAUGCCUUUGGUGUUGUUCUUUUUGAGAUUAUCUCUGGAAGAGAAGCUGUUAUAAGAACAGAGGCAUUGGGAACUAAUAAUCCAGAAAGACGUCCAUUGGCAUCUAUCUACUAUGUUAGCGGCUCUUAAGAACUCACCAGACUCUAUGAACAUGUCGAGUUUGAAGGAGUUUUUAGAUCCCAACAUGAUGGAUUUAUACCCGCAUGACUGUUUAUUCAAGAUUGCUAUGUUGGCGAAGCAAUGCGUAGAUGAUGAUCCGAUUCUAAGGCCAAACAUGAAGCAAGUGGUUAUAUCGCUUUCGCAGAUACUCUUGUCUUCCAUUGAAUGGGAAGCAACUCUUGCUGGAAACAGCCAAGUCUUUAGUGGUCUUGUCCAAGGAAGAUAAAAAAAAAACAUUGAAAGCCUUAAGAGUUAAAAGACCCUUUAUUUGAGUAUUCACCAUGGCCUAGAAGCUUAGUUUGUCUAGAGGAAUGACCAAUCAGAGUUUAGGUAAGUAGUUAGUUAUAGAGACAAGUCUCUUAUGUCCCGCUCUUUUCCUGUCUCGUUAUGGUUAUUCUUUUGGAGAAUCAAUCAGUGAAGACAUGUACGAGUUUACAUGCUUGAUGUGUUGCGAUUGUAGUGGCAAUACUACAACACAUAGUGUAUGAAUGGAGACAGCUUUUCUGUAGA